UAAUGUGAUCAAUGCCGCAACUUGCGCAUAAACUAAUGAAUAUAUUCAUUCUCACCCCCAGCCUCCGAAAUAGAUAGAUCGAGAGAUAUAUUCAUCUAAUGCAAGACUCCGGCCAACAGCUACCUACGCUCUAAUACUAAUUGUAAGAUCAAACACUUAUCAGUAAUAAACUGUAGCAGCAGUAAACUGAAAACAUGGGAAGAAAAACCUGCGAGUUGAGAACAAACAUCUCUUUGGUUGUGUUUCUCUCCUUUCUAGUAUGUUUAUGCAGUUCCACAGACACCAUUACCUUCAACCAACCUCUCAAAGACGGGGAUUUAUUAAUCUCUAAUGACAGUUCUUACGCUCUCGGUUUCUUCACCCCCGGGAAAUCCAUCGGCAAGCGAUACGUCGGACUUUGGUACCAAAACAUACCAGAAAAGGUGGUCGUUUGGGUGGCCAACAGAGACAACCCCGUCAAUGGCACAUCCGGAAUCCUCUUCAUCGACAGCACCGGAAAUCUCGUCAUCCAAGACAAGGAAACCGGUAAUUCUGUCUGGAACACAAGUCUUUCUUUUGAGCCCACCGGGACAAGAGAUUAUUCCGCUCAGUUAAAGGAUACUGGGAAUCUGGUUCUGUAUCAUGACCGGGAAAAACGGGUUGAUAAAUGGCAGAGCUUUGAUUAUCCCACGAAUACAUUAAUAGCGUCCAUGAAACUGGGGGUGGGCAAGAAUAAAAGCUUAAACUGGUUUCUGAGGUCGUGGAAAUCCCCGGAUGAUCCGGGCACCGGCGAGUAUUCUGUGGGGAUAGAUCUCACCGGAAAACCUCAGGCGUUCCUGUACAAGAAUUCUUCGUCUCCGGUGUGGAGACUCGGGCCAUGGAACGGCAUUAGAUGGAGCGGCGUGCCUCAAAUGACCCCAGAAAUCACCCCUUACACCUUCACCGAAAACGACGAGGAGUUCUCGGAGGAAUACUGGAUUCGGGACCCGUCGUCGGUGUAUACAAUAGUGAUGUUAAACGAUUCCGGGACGCUGAACAAGAUCAUAUGGAAAGGAUCGGGAAACGGCGAGAAGAAAUGGGACGGCGUUUGGUACUAUCCCAACGACGAGUGUGACCACUACGGUCACUGUGGUGCGUUUGGCAUUUGUGAUUCAGCGGGAUUUUCCUGCAAAUGCGUUUCUGGGUUCAAGCCUAAGUCGAACCAGGAUUGGAGGCAAGGGUGCUGGAGAAACCAGACAGAGGUGUGCCGUAAUGGUGAGGGGUUCUUGAAGUUGGAGCACAUGAAGAUCCCGGACACAGAAAUGGCGGCGGUGAACACCACCAUAGGGCUUGAAGAAUGCGGGGAGCUUUGUCUGAGCAACUGUUCGUGCACGGCGUAUGCCAGCGCGAAUAUCAGCGAUGGCGAAACCGGAUGCGUAACUUGGUAUGGUGACUUGAUAGAUAUGAGAGAGUUCACAGAUGGCGGCCAAGAUAUGUAUGUUCGAGUUUCUGCGUCUAAUUUAGGUCAACUUGUAAAGGAAUCUAAAGGGCUUCAUGGGAAAUGGCUCAUAGUCACAGUGGUUGUAGCGGUUGCCGCUGCAGUGAUUCUACUGCUCCUUUGUCUGACACUAUUAUUGACAGGGAGAAAAGGUAAUAAGAAACCAGUAAGCAGUACCAGUUUAGAAACCUAUGAAGCACCUGCGGCAAUGGGGAAAUAUGUGGAUGAUGAAGAUGGAUCCGCAUCAGAUGUUUUAACAUUUGAUCUAAACACUAUUAGAGCUGCCACUAAUAACUUCUCUGCUGAUAAUAAACUCGGAGAAGGUGGAUUUGGUAUUGUUUACAAGGGUAAGUUGCAAAAUGGAGAGCUAGUAGCUGUAAAAAGACUCACAAGAACUUCACUUCAAGGGAUUGUAGAAUUCAAGAAUGAAGUAAGGCUAAUAGCAAAACUCCAACACAGAAAUCUGGUGAGGCUUUUAGGAUGUUGCAUUCAACAAGGGGAAAAGAUGUUAGUGUAUGAAUACUUGCCAAACAAAAGCCUCGACACUUUAAUUUUCGAAAAUGCACAAGGGAUGUCUUUGGAUUGGAGAAAGCGGUUUGAAAUUAUCUCGGGAAUUGCUGAAGGGCUAGUGUAUCUUCAUCAAGAUUCUAGGUUAAGAAUUAUCCACAGAGAUUUAAAGGCCAGUAAUGUUUUGUUAGAUGCUGCUAUGCAACCAAAAAUAUCAGAUUUUGGAAUGGCUAGAAUUUUUGAAGAGCAACAAGUUGAAGCAAACACAAAUCGAGUAGUUGGGACAUAUGGUUAUAUGUCACCGGAAUAUGCAAUGGAGGGCCUCUUCUCAAUAAAAUCUGAUGUAUUCAGCUUUGGUGUUUUGAUGUUGGAAAUCGUGAGUGGGAAGAAGAACAAAUACAGGCACAACGAAAACUCUUUGAAUUUAAUAGGAGAUGUAUGGGAUUUGUGGAGUGAAGAAAGAGCAUUGGAAAUAGUGGAUCCAACAUUAGGGGAGUCGUAUGAUGGUCAAGAAGUUUUGAGGUGCAUCCAUAUCGGGCUGUUGUGUGUUCAACCGUAUCCAGAUGACAGGCCAACAAUGUCAGAAGUGAUUUUCAUGCUAAGUAAUGACACAAAACUCCCUCAUCCUAGAGCACCAGGAUUUAUAUUCAAUCAAGGGAGUUUUACUACUGCUCCAUUCUCAUAUUCUACAACUGAUGGAAAUCAAUCUAUUAAUAGCAUGUCAUUUACCGCAAUGGGCGAAACUGAAAGCAUGGGAAGAAAAACAUGCGUGUUCGGAACAAACAUCUCUUUGGUUGUGUUUCUUUCGUGUCUAGUAUGUUUAUGCAGUUCCACAGACACAAUUACCUUCAACCACCCUCUCAAAGACGGGGAUUUAUUAAUCUCUAAUGACAGUUCUUACGCUCUCGGUUUCUUCACCCCCGGGAAAUCCAUUGGCAAGCGAUACGUCGGACUCUGGUACCUAAAAAUACCAGAAAAGCUGGUCGUUUGGGUGGCCAACAGAGACAACCCCGUCAAUGGCACAUCCGGAAUCCUCUUCAUCGACAGCACCGGAAAUCUCGUCAUCCAAGACAACAAAACCGGUACUCCUGUAUGGAACACAAGUCUUUCUUUUGACCCCACCGGGACAAGAGAUUAUUCCGCUCAGUUAAAGGAUACUGGGAAUCUAAUUCUGUAUCAUGACCGGGAAAAACGGGUUGAUAAAUGGCAGAGCUUUGAUUAUCCCACGAAUACAUUACUAGCGUCCAUGAAACUGGGAGUGGGCAAGAAUAAAAGCUUAAACUGGUUUCUGAGGUCGUGGAAAUCGCCUGAUGAUCCAGGCACCGGAGACUAUACAUUCGGAAUAGAUCUCAUUGGAAAGCCUCAGGCUUUCCUGUACAAGAAUUCGUCUCCGGUGUGCAGACUCGGGCCUUGGAAUGGCCUUAGAUGGAGCGGCUUGCCGGAAAUGACUCCAGAAAUCACCCCUUACGCCUUCACCGACAACGACGAGGAGUUCUCGGAGGAAUACUGGAUUAAGGACCCGUUGUCGGUGUAUACGAUAGUAAUGGUAAACGACACCGGGAAGGUGAAUAAGAUCUUAUGGAAAGGAAACAACGACAGCGAGAAGAAAUGGGCCGGCGUGUGGUACUUUCCCAACGUUGACUGUGACCGCUACGGUCACUGUGGUGCGUUUGGCAUUUGUGAUUCAGCGGGAUUUUCCUGCAGAUGCGUUUCUGGGUUCAAGCCUAAGUCGAACCAGGAUUGGAGGCAAGGGUGCUGGAGAAACCAGACAGAGGUUUGCCGUAAUGGUGAGGGGUUCUUGAAGCUGGAGAACAUGAAGAUCCCGGACACGGAAAUUACGGCUGUGAACACAACCAUAGGGCUGGAAGAAUGCCGGGAGCUUUGUCUGAGCAACUGCUCGUGCACGGCGUAUGCCAACGCGAAUAUCAGCGAUGGCGGAACCGGAUGCAUUACCUGGUAUGGUGACUUGAUAGACAUGAGGGAGUUCACACAUGGCGGCCAAGAUAUGUUUGUUCGAGUUUCUGCGUCUGAUUUUGGUCAACCUAUAAAGAAAUCUAAAUGGCUUAAUGGGAAAUGGCUCAUAGUCAUAGUGGUUGUGCCUGUUGCCGUUGCAGUGAUUCUACUGCUCCUUUUUCUGACACUAUUAUUGAAAGGGAGAAAAGGUAAUAAGAAACCUGCGGCGGCAAUGGGGAAAUACGUGGAUGAUGAAGAUGGAUCGACAUCAGAUGUUUUAACCUAUGAUCUAAACACUAUUAGAGCCGCCACUGAUAACUUCUCUGCCGAUAAUAAACUCGGAGAAGGUGGAUUUGGUCCUGUUUACAAGGGUAAGCUGCAAAAUGGAGAACUAAUAGCUGUAAAAAGACUCACAAGAACUUCACUUCAAGGGAUUGUAGAAUUCAAGAAUGAAGUAAGGCUAAUAGCAAAACUCCAACACAGAAAUCUGGUGAAACUUUUAGGAUGUUGCAUUCAACAAGGGGAGAAGAUGUUGGUGUAUGAGUACUUGCCUAACAAAAGCCUCGACUGUUUCAUCUUUGAUAAUGCACAAGGGGAGUCUUUGGAUUGGAGAAAGCGCUUUGAAAUUAUCUCGAGAAUCGCUGAAGGGCUAGUGUAUCUUCAUCAAGAUUCUAGGUUAAGAAUCAUCCACAGAGAUUUAAAAGCUGGUAAUAUUUUGUUAGAUGCUAAAAUGCAGCCAAAAAUAUCAGAUUUCGGAAUGGCAAGAAUUUUCGAAGAGCAACAGGUUGAAGCAAACACAAAUCGAGUAGUUGGGACAUAUGGUUAUAUGUCACCCGAGUAUGCAAUGGAGGGUCUCUUCUCCGUAAAAUCUGAUGUUUUCAGCUUCGGUGUUUUGUUGUUGGAAAUUGUGACUGGGAAGAAGAACAAAUACAGGCACAAUGAGAACUCUUUGAAUUUAAUAGGAGAUCUUUGGGAUUUGUGGAGUGAAGAAAGGGCACUGGAAAUAGUGGACCCAGCAUUAGGGGAGUCGUAUGAUUGUCAAGAAGUUUUGAGGUGCAUCCAUAUCGGGCUGAUGUGUGUUCAACCGUAUCCUGGAGACAGACCAAUCAUGUCAGAAGUGAUUUUUAUGCUGAGUAAUGACACAAAACUCUCUCGUCCUAAUAAACCGGGAUUUGUAAUCAAUCAAGGGAAUCCUACUACUGCUCCUUUCUCAUAUCCUACAACCGAUGGAAAUCAAUCUAUUAAUGGCAUGUCAUUUACUGCAAUGGACGGCCGUUAAUUUUCACCUGGUUUAUGUCUUAGUGUUGGGAUAAUGUGAUUGUCACCUGGUUCGACUACCCAUCAUAGGAGUUGUUUAUUGGGUUUUUUAAUUUCAACCAAUCAGAGUUGUAGACAAUUUAAGAUGGUUUAUUUCCUUGCGAUCUUUUGUUAGUUACGGUUAUAAGGUGAAUUUUACCAAGAAUAUAAUGGACUUUUGGAUAA